AUGCCAGCCUUAUAUGCAGCCCUAACGGGCGCGGUGGAAACGGCCCCGCAUCUUGCCCGCCGUGAUCUGACCGUCAACCACACCCAAGCCAUUACCCUCGGGGUGAUGGCAGUCUAUGUCGUGGUCAUCGCUAUCCUAUGGAACGUCCCAUACAUUCGUUGGGUCUUAUGGCCUUUCAAGAUGCUGGUUAUCGCAUUCCAUGAGUUCGGACACGCGAUCACUGCCUGCUGCACCGGCGGCAAAGUCAAGUCUAUCUCCCUGGACCCCCACGAAGGUGGUGUCACCCACAUGCAAGGUGGCAUGAGCGCGGUCACUCUACCAGCUGGAUACCUGGGCUCGUCGAUUAUUGGCGCUCUCUUGAUCUUCGCUGGCUUUAAUAUUGUUGCCUCCAAGGUCGCCAGUAUUGUGUUGGGCGUUUGCUUCCUACUCACGCUGUGGUGGGCGCGAAGAGAUUGGCUGACCAUCAUGACUGUUUUGCUUGCAGUCGGUCUGUUGGUGGCUUGCUGGUUCAUUGCUCAUGGCGAGGCUCUGCGCUGGGUGGUGCUGUUCAUCGGUGUUAUGUCAGCUUUGUACAGUGUCUGGGAUAUUUGCGAUGACCUCAUUCUCCGCAAGGUCAACAGCUCCGAUGCCAGCGUAUUUGCGAAGAAGUACGGUGGCUCCUCCCAGUGCUGGGGUGUCAUUUGGUCCCUGAUUUCUCUCGGCUUCAUGGCCGUCGGCAUCAUUGGCGGGAUCGCUGCGUUCCCCGAAACAUUCAGUCAACAACAGUCUGAUUCUAAGAACUUUAUUCCGACUCGUUGA